AUGGAUUUGGAUGAGAUUCUGGGAGACCUCCCGCAAAUGGGUGAGUCUGCAAGACAUACGCGUGAAAGUGAACUGGGGGAGGGCACGAGCUCGGCCCUUGUUGUCGCCGCGCCAGUGGACACGGUCCCAGGAGUCGUCGUAGAAUCGUGCGGUGUGGUGAACAUAGUGAGAGAGUUGAUGGCUCGCAACCAACAGCGCUUGCAGAGGCACAGUUCGGGGACCGACUCCUACGCUGGCGCCUCCGAAAUCUCGGUCUUCUGCAAAGAUGUUUUCGCGUGGAAGUGCAGUCCAGAACAUUGCAUCUACGACAGCGUGCGAAGACAGCAUUGCGCAACGAGGACAAGCAGGAUGCAGGUGCGCCUACUUAGGCUGCCUAUGGCAAGUCUUCUGGAAGCCUCCUACGGCCCUGGCAAAUCUGUUCUGAAGUCGCUAGAAGGGCGUCAGCUGCUGACAGCAUCUGCCGGGGCAGUGGCGUUGCAGAUCAGCCUUCCGCACAUCCAAGUGAUGCGGACCGAUCGCGCGACUUUGUCCGGUGGAGCAGCCCUUGUGCGCGGGGCUGCGAGUGUGUUGGGACGAGACACAGCCUUGGACAAAAGCAGUGUGGGAAAGGGCGACGCUGAGGUCGGUGCUUUCCAGAUAUGCGUGAUCAGGAUGACAGUAGUGGUCACAUGGCCAGCGCACAUGGUCAAGCUUCCACUGGUGCUCCCACCUUUGCUAGUGUUGAGCCCCAGUUCUCAACAGCUGCAGUGGGCAAUUGCCAAUCACCCAGGCCUUUGCGCGGUCAAGAAACUGGUUGAGACUAUCUUGACAUCAGCGAAAGAAAGGCUCGCUAUCCAAGAGACCGAUUCAGCCAGUGCCAACGAAAGGCUCCUUUUUUGGCGUUUGCCGAAAUACAAGUCUGCAGGAACCUUGACCGACUGGAUGCCAUGCAUGUCGCGUCAAGUCAAUGUCAUCGAGACAGCUGCGGUGGGACAG